GUUCAACGAUUUGGCCUGGCCGUCCUGCUUGCGUGUGGACUCUAGUCUCCUCUCCGCCUCAUUUUCUCAUCUCUUCUUCUCCUCCUUUUCUACUUCUUCUUCUUCAUCUGCAUUUUCUUCUUCAACCCAUCUGCCUAUAAAUCUGAUCACUACUGCAGUAUUCCGAUCUUUUUUGCUCUAAAACAAUACCCACUUUUCUGGUUCUUAAGCUGCUACUGGGAUUGGCUGCUUCUUUCCCAUAUAACUCUCCAGUUUCUGAUUGAUAAGAACAUGGUUUCUGAGUCAUGGUUUCGUAGUCUAUGGAAACCAGCAAAGAAGCAUGAAGGUAACCCUGAAAAGCUUCGAGUUGGAAUUUUGGCAUUUGAAGUGGCAAGCUUGAUGUCAAAGCUGGUUCAUCUAUGGAAGUCUCUAAGUGAUAAGCAGGUGUCGAGGUUAAGGGAUGAGAUAGUCAAUUCACUUGGUAUUAAAAAGCUUGUCUCCGAAGAUGAUGAAUAUAUUUCAAGGCUAAUAUGCUGCGAGAUCAAUGAGAACUUAAGAAAUGUGGCAUUAACUGUUAACCGACUCUCAAAGAAAUGUGGAGACCCACUCUUGAAGAGCUUUGAGCUAGCCUUCGAUGAACUUCUCAAAAUAAGCUCUGACCCGUAUGGAUGGCAGCUGACAUGGAAGAAGAUGGGAAAAAAAGUUAAGAAGAUGGAACGGUUUGUUGCAAUCAAUGCCAAUUUGUACCAAGAAAUGGAAGCACUUUCUGAUCUUGAAAGGACUUUGAGGAGAAUGAAGGGUGGUGGAAAUGGCGAUCCUACCCCUGAAAGUAAUGCUUUACUAGUUGAGUACGAGAAAAGGGUGAUCCGAAAGCAACAGGAAGUGAAGUAUCUUAAAGAGAUCUCUCUUUGGAACCGUAGUUAUGACUAUACGGUUUUUCUUCUGGCCAGAUCUGUGUUCACUAUUUUUUCUAGGGUUGGGCAUGUUUUUGGGAACAAUGAUCAUCAGGAAGUCAAAAACUCAAAAAUUCUUGAAUCUGAUUACAUCCUCAGAAGCCAGUCGGCUGCAUACUCACAAUCAUCUGUUCAUCCCACUGAGUAUAGUCUCUCUAGGUUUUCCUCAGAACCCUUUGAUAGUAAUCUCCUUACUAAAUCUGGUCCAGUUUCAAAGACACUCAAACCAAACACCUUUUAUUCGGGCCCGCUCAAGAAUCCUAACCCCGUUUCAGAGGGAGGAGAUGAUAACAAAGCAGUUAACUUCUACUCAGGUCCUCUCGGUAAAUCAACUAAAAAGAUGUUCAGUGCAGUUGUUAGACCUAACAAAUUUCAAAAGUGGUGGCGCUUACAAGGAAAACUCCAAAUAUCUAAAACUGCCGAGAAGCAGCAUACAUCAUCUGUAGGACCACCUCUGUUUGUGGGUGAGAAUAGCUCUCCUUAUCUUAAUUCAACAAGGAGGAAGAGGCUGACGGAUGCGCCCCCUGACACUCUAGGGGCAGCUGCCCUAGCACUGCAUUACGCGAACAUUAUCAUUGUAAUAGAGAAAUUUGUAGCGUCUCCACACUUGAUAGGUCAAGAUGCUAGAGAGGACCUUUACAAUAUGCUGCCUACCAGCGUAAGGGCAGCCCUUAGGGCAAAACUAAAGCCAUAUGCAAAGAUUUUGAUUAUGUCAGGACACGAUAUGGCCCUCGCGGAGGAAUGGAACGAGGCAAUGCUGGGAAUAUUGGGCUGGCUGGCCCCUCUCGCCCAUCACAUGAUGAGGUGGCAGUCUGAGAGGAGCUUUGAGCACCACCACAGCUUUAUCUCAAGAACAACCAAUGUGUUCCUCGUACAAACUCUUUACUAUGCAAAUCAGGAAAAAACGGAGGCAACAAUUGCUGAACUUCUUGUUGGCUUAAACUAUGUCUGGGGAUACAGCAGAGAGAUCAAUGGCAAAGCAAUAGAAGAACGUGUCAGCAAUAGAAUCUUUUACGAUGACGACUCCGAUGAGUAAAGAGGAUUUCAAUAGGUUAAGAAGGGAAUAGAACAACUGGAUGGCCUUUUUAAGACCUCUGCCCCUUAAACUGAUGGGAACAUUAGGUACCCCCACAAGAUUCCAUGUCUGUAUGAAACCACUAAAUUGACACUACAAAGGGCAGUCUGAGAAUCAUUUGCGUGAAAACCUAGUACGUAAAUAAAUUCUUUCAUUUUAUGUAAACUUGACUGUUCCCUGCAAGUGUGUAAGUUCACUUCGGUAAGGAUUGUUUUGGUAGAUAUUUAUUUACCUCUGUGUACAUAUAUGUGUGCUCAAAGGUUGAGUUUGAUAUGUACGUAGUAGUACACAAGCUGAAUGGUUGAGUUUUUAGGAGUGUAGAUUUUUCUCGCUCCCCAAUGUGUAGUGUUUCAAUAACAUUGUAAAGUUGCUGCCUUUAAGAUUCUAAGGACUUGUUCUCUUCUACUGGUUUUUUGUUGUCUGGUUUGGUCUAGAUUGAUUUUAAUGAGAAACAUUGUGUUUCUAUUUGGUCUA